AUGGAGGACCAAGCGCAUAAGCCGCAUCGCAAGAGCAAGGAGAAGAAGAAGCACACCGGGGAUCGCAAUCCCAAGGCGUUUGCCUUCUCCAAGCCCGGCAAGCUUCAGAAACAGGCUGCCAGAUCCUCUGAUAUCAAAGAAAAGCGCCUCCAUGUUCCCCUUGUCGACAGGCUUCCGGACGAGGCGCCGCCGCGUCUCGUCGCCAUUGUUGGCCCCCCCGGCGUCGGCAAGACAACCCUGAUGAAGUCGCUAAUUCGACGAUAUGCCAAAGAGACAAUUUCAGAUCCCCAAGGCCCCGUCACCGUCGUCACCUCGAAGAAACAGCGAUUAACUUUUGUGGAAUGCCCUAACGAAUUGGAGGCCAUGGUGGACAUCGCCAAGGUGGCCGACAUCAUCCUUCUCAUGAUUGACGGCAACUAUGGCUUCGAAAUGGAGACUAUGGAAUUCCUCAAUAUCCUGGCUGCUACGGGUAUGCCUGGUAACGUGUUCGGUGUCUUGACCCAUCUCGAUCUGUUUCGUAAGCCUGCCGCUUUGAAGGAUGCCAAGAAGCACCUGAAGCGAAGGUUGUGGACUGAGCUAUACCAGGGUGCCCAUCUCUUCUAUCUCUCUGGUGUCAUGAACGGCAGAUAUCCCGAUCGUGAGAUUCAUAACCUAUCCCGCUUCCUAUCUGUCAUGAAGAGCCCGCGACCUCUCGUAUGGAGAAACUCCCACCCUUACAGCAUCAUCGACAGCUUCCGCGACAUUACUCACCCAACCAAGAUUGAAGAAGACCCCAAAUGCGAUCGAUCCAUUGUUCUAUCGGGAUAUCUGCGAGGAACAAACUUUUCAACUCAGGGCCAGCGAGUGCAUGUUGCCGGUCUGGGAGACUUUACAGUGUCGGCUAUGGAAGUAUUGCCAGACCCUUGUCCUACCCCAGCGAUGGAGCAGGCCUUGGCGAAAAUCACAGGAAAGACAGGGCGGAGGAGACUGGACGAAAAAGAAAAGAAGCUUUACGCGCCCAUGUCUGAUCGGAGCGGUCUAAAAAUCGAUGGUGAUGCUAUCUGGAUCACCAGAGAAAAGGGUUUCACUUUUGAUAAGGAUGCCGAUAAUACUGAGCGUGGCGAAGGUGAAGAAAUGAUCAUUGGACUCCAAGCUGAGCGAAGGCUUCUUGGUCAGACAGAGGAUGGAGUACAGCUUUUCAAGGGAGGCCAAGAAGUCAAAGAACUAGACGAGGCACAAGAUACUGGCAGAAAAGAGCCACGCAAGGCAAGAAUUGCCGAACGAGAAGAAGAGGAUGACGGCGAGAACGAGGAUGAUGAAGGCUUUAUCAGUGGAAGCGACGAAGAAGAUCCGGAUGAGGAAGAGGAGUUUAAUGAAGGAAAGUUGGGUAAAAUGUUCCGCAGCAAAGAUGCCGACAAGGAGAUCAACGGGGAUGACGAUGUUGCCUUUGCGGACAGUGACUCGGACCUUGGCUCCAUUACAGACCUGGAUGAGGAUGCGGAAGAUGAUGAAGAGUACGAUUCUGACGAGGAGACUGCAGCCCUCAGGUGGAAAGAAGGAAUGGCCGACAGAGCCAUGAAACUCCACUCCCGGAAGCGUACAUACCACACUGCUGAUUUGGCUCGCUAUCUUUACGAUGGCUCCAUGACUGCCAGCGAGGUUAUCAAGAAAUGGAAGGGCGAAGAAGAAGAAUCAGAAGAGGAGGACAUUGAGCAAGACUCGGAAGACGAGGAGUUUUUCAAAAAGACAUCACAUGAAAGCGAAGAUCUGGUAGAAGACCGGUCAAUACCGGAGUACGACUACGAGGACUUGGCUGCCAAGUGGGCUUCUCAGGAGAACAUAGAAGCCCUGAAGAAGAAGUUUACAUCAGGAAGGAAAAACGGAGGUGGAGACGACGAGGACGAGGACGGUGAAUUCGGUGGCUUUGAUGACGACGAAGAUGGAGAUGGAGAUGAGGGUGACGAGGACAGCGAAGGUGAUGGUGAAUUUGAGGAUCUAGAAGCCGAUCCUCAAACCGCACCCCAGCAGCAGACGGCGGAAGAGAUCCAGUCGGAGCGUGAAAAGAAUGCCAAGAGGAAAGAGGAGCUCAAGGCGAGAUUCGAGGAGGAGGACCGAGAUGGCUUCAUGAACGACAAGGCAAAAGCUCGACGAGAAGGAGGCGAAGACGAGCAAGAGUUUGGCGAGGAUGACUGGUACGAUGCGCAAAAGGCCAUGAUCAAGAAGCAGCUGGACAUCAACAAGGAAGAGUUUGAGAACCUGGAUGAACGCCAGAGAGUCGCUGUCGAGGGCUACCGCGCCGGCAAAUACGCCAAGCUGGUGCUCGAGGGAGUCCCCGCCGAGUUUGUCUCGCGCUUCGACGCCCGGCUGCCCAUCAUUGUCGGCGGCUUGUCGGCCACGGAGGAUCGCUGGGGCUUCGUCCAGGUGCGCAUCAAGCGUCACCGCUGGCACAAGAAGAUCCUAAAGACCAACGACCCCCUCAUCUUCUCGCUCGGCUGGCGGCGUUUCCAAACGCUUCCCAUCUACAGCAUCUCUGACUCGCGGACGCGCAACCGCAUGCUCAAGUACACGCCCGAGCACAUGCACUGCUUCGGCACCGUCUAUGCGCCCCUGAUUGCGCCCAACACGGGCUUCGUCUGCUUCAACUCGUUCUCGAACGCAACCCCGGGCUUCCGCAUCGCUGCCACUGGCACCGUCCUCUCCGUCGACGAGUCCACCGAGAUCGUCAAAAAGCUCAAGCUCACAGGAACCCCCUACAAGAUCUUCAAGAACACCGCCUUCAUCAAGGGCAUGUUCAACUCUGCUCUCGAAAUCGCAAAGUUCGAAGGCGCCUCCAUCAAGACCGUCUCCGGCGUCCGCGGCCAGAUCAAGCGCGCCCUGUCCAAGCCCGAAGGCCACUUCCGCGCCACCUUUGAGGACAAGAUCCUCGCCAGCGACAUCGUCUUCCUGCGAGCCUGGUACCCCAUCAAGCCGCACCGCUUCUACAAUCCCGUCUGCAACCUCGUCGGCUGGCAGCCCAUGCGCCUCACCGGCGAGGUCCGCCGCGCCGAGAACGUCGCCACGCCCCAGCUCAAGAACUCGCAGUACCGCAAGAUUGAGCGCCAGACCCGCCACUUCAACGGCCUGCAGGUCCCCCGCGCCCUCGCCGCCAGCCUGCCCUUCCGCUCCCAGAUCGUCGCCAUGAAGCCCCAGAAGAACAAGACGUACAUGCAGAAGCGCGCUGUCGUCCUCGGCGCCGAGGAGAAGAAGACGCGCGCCUUUAUGCAAAAGGUUCUCACCGUCCACAACGACCAGGUCGCCAAGCGCCGCGCCAAAAAGGACGAAAACCGCGCCGCCUUCAAGAAGAAGCUGGCCGAGGGCGACGAGAAGAGGGAAGCCAGGGAGAAGAGGGAGAGCAAAGAAUACUGGCGCAAGAAUGGCCGCAAGAGGAGUGCUGGAGACGACGAGGGCGGCGGCGGUGGUGGCAAGAGGAGAAAGUGA